CCUCAUUUGCUUACUUGUGUUAGAUGUAACUUCAGAGCACGGUCGUGUGACAAGAACGAAAACUGACAGCCAAAACGCACACAUAAACACACCGAAAACAUCAAUCCACAGAGGCAGAAAGCAACUGGUCUAGACCUUCUUUUCCCAAUGAAUUAACAGAGCUGGACCCUGUUUGGACGUAUUUUUUAUUUUGGAGAGGAAUACUUGGUGGAGGCUGAGCAGGACUGAGGUGGUCAAAUAGAAAAGCUGGUUGGACUUCACUGCCAGCAUGCUCCGGCAGUCUCUGAGCAUCUUGAAGCAGUUCAGCUCUGGGGCAAAGUCACAAGAUGCCACCGAACUUCUACAUGAAGACCUGGUCAUGGUGGAGCAGCGGGUGGAACCGGCCAAGAAGGCGGCUCAGGUCCUUUACAAGAAACUACAGGGCUGCAUGCAGAGUCAGCCGGGGCUGGAGGCCGAGAAACGAAUGAAAAAGCUCCCUCUGAUGCUGCUGUCUGUCAGCAUGGCCGAGAGCCUUAAAGACUUUGAUGCAGAGUCCUCUAUCAGGAGGGUGCUGGAAAUGUGCUGUUUCAUGGAGAAGAUGCUGGCCAACCUGCUGGCCGACUUUGAGAUGAAACUGGAGAAGGAAGUCCUGGAGCCGCUCAACAAGCUCAGUGAGGAUGAUUUACCAGAGAUUCUCAAGAACAAGAAGCAGUUUGCAAAGCUCACUACAGACUGGACCAAUGCAAGAAUCAGGAGUCAAGCCAGCACUGGUCCCCAGGCAAAGCAGGACGGGCUUCGGGAGGAAGUGGAAGAGGCUUGGAGGAAGUUGGAGAGCAUCAAGGACCAGUACUCUGCAGAUCUGUAUCACUUUGCAACUAAAGAAGAUGACUACGCUAACUACUUCAUUCGUCUUCUUGAACUGCAAGCAGAAUACCACAAACAUUCACACGAGUUCUUGGACAAAAACAUCAGCGAGCUCAAAGAGAAUCACAGUCAAAAAGGGCCGGCGUUGAGCCUCUCUAGUCAGAAGGUCUACGGGGAGCCUCUGCUGUCUCAUCUGUCUCAGAGUGAGAGAGAAAUCGCUGCACCCAUCCAGGAGUGUAUUCACAUGCUGCUGAGAACAGGCAUGGCAGAGGAGGGCCUGUUUCGUCUGGCGGCGGCAGCCUCGGUGGUGAAGAGGCUGAAGACCUGUCUGGAUCAAGGAAGGGUGGACCACAGCGAGUUCAGCAUGGACCCUCACGCUGUGGCCGGGGCUUUGAAGUGUUACCUCCGGGAACUCCCUGAACCUCUAAUGACCUUUGAACUCUACAAUGACUGGUUUAAAGCAGCAGGGGAAAAAGACUUGACAGAGAAGCUGGAGCAGUUCAGAGUACUGCUGAAGAAACUGCCACCUGAAAACUACAACAACCUCAGGUACCUGGUCCAGUUCUUGUCUCUGUUGUCCGAGCAGCAGGCCGUGAACAAGAUGACGCCCAGUAACAUCGCCAUUGUACUGGGGCCCAACCUGCUCUGGCCACGAGCUGAAGGGGAGGCUGCUCUGUUCGACAUGGCGUCAGCUUCCUCAGUACAGGUGGUCACUGUCAUUGAGCCUCUUAUUCAGUACAGCUCCAGCCUCUUCCCUGAAGCUGUAUCUUUUGAGAUCCCAGACCCUCCUGAGGUCCCAGAUGUGACCCUACCUGCUCCUGUUGCCCAGCCUCUGUUCUCAGAAAAGGAGAAACUGAGCAGAGCAUCAUCCAUAGCCUCCUCCUGCUCCUCCUAUCACACCGCUCUCUCCAAAACAAACAGCACAGCCUCUCAGGACAGUGUUGGCUUCUGCCUGGUGAAAUCUGGCUCUGUGAGUCGCAGUGGCACCACCACCUGGGCCAGCCCUGUACCUGAGCCAGCAGCACCAGCCCAACAAAACACAACUUCCAGCAGCAGCAUAUCGUCCCUAAAUCUCAGCUCUGUUCCGGCCUCCAGCGCUUCCACUGCCUGCAGCUCGACAGCGAACCCGAGCCCAUCCCAGCUUCCCAAAGCCACGGGAUCGGCGCCAAACCCGGGUCAGAGCAGGAGUCCCACCCAGAAGCAGUGCUCGGAUCAGCUGGAGCCAAUUUUGGAGGCACAGCCGGAGUCUCCCAGAGCAUUUGUGAAGAUCACCUCACCGUACAAACCAAAAAGAUCCUUCACCCCCAACAAAGCUACUGAGCAGGUGACAGUUCAGUUCUCCAAACCGAAAGCCCCGGGACCUCCCAAGCUCCAGGCCCCUCCACCCCCCACCACUGCCCCAGUGGCAGUGGCGGCGGCAGCAGCACCAGCAGACACUAGGACCCAGCCGACACCUGCUCCCCGAGCUCAUGUGGCCAACGUGAAAAAGCCUCCUCCGAAAAAGCCCGGACUCAAAGCGCCAAACUGCCCUCCACCACUUCCUCCACCAUCACAGCCAAAACAAGUUCCUUCUUUAGUGCAGUGAAAAAUUACGUAUGUGUCAUGAACAAAUCAUGUGAAUUUUCUUGUGGUUGGUUGAAGAGCAGUCAAAACACUUUUGUAUUUUGUGAAAAAAAAAAAAAAAAUCUUUAUUGUUCACUGUUGUCAAUUUGUGUUGUUCAGUAUCUUCCACAGCUUAUUUUAGCUGAAAUGUUGCAGCUUAAUUUACUUUUCUUGGUUUACCCAUGUUUUCAUAACCAGUAUCAUUUAUUUAUUUGUCAGUUACUGGUAACAUAUAUUUCCCAGAAUGCAAUGGAAGUGCAGAAAAGCAAGUUUUUUUGGUAAAAAAUAAAAAAUAAAAAUAGGCAAAGCAACAAAUGAA